AUGUCCCUUCUCCAAACUGGACGAAGGAGGACCAAGUUGGAUCAUUCAUAUAAUGAUCGUCCCCGUCAAGGUCCAUUUCGCCAUAUAAGUCCAGCUCAGCUAAGUCUCGAACGUGUUCAUGAACAGAACCGCCUUGGUACUCCAAAGAAAGAUGGCACAAAAGCUUCUGAGCAAGCCCCAGGCAAAUCUGCAAAGGGAAAACCAAGAUUGCUGCUAAUGGGCCAACGAAGGUACACCAACCAAUCUUUCAAUCCAUUUAUUGUGUUAACAAGUAGUAGAAGCGGAAAAUCUUCUAUUUCGAGUGUGGUAUUUCACAAGAUGCCUCCAAAUGAAACUUUGUUCCUCGAAUCGACGGCAAGGAUUCAGAAGGACUCAAUGCAGUGAGUAUUUCAUUAGGUACAAUCAGGCUCAAUUAGGCAGAUCUAACCAUUUAUUUUCAGUUCAUUCAUGGACUUCCAAGUUUGGGAUUUCCCAGGCCAAGUUGACUUUAUGGAUCCUUCUUUUGACCUGGAUGCAAUUUUUGGGGAAAUCGGGGCACUUAUCUGGGUCAUUGAUGCACAAGACGAUUAUCUUGAAGCUAUAACCCGGCUCAAUGGAACUAUAUUGAAUCUUCAACCGAGUUAUCCUAACGUCAAUAUCGAAGUCUUCAUACACAAAGUCGAUGGUUUAUCUGAUGAUUACAAACUUGACAUUCAAAGAGACAUCAUGCAACGAAUUCAAGACGAACUUUCAGACCAUGGGGUCGAGAAUGCACCAAUCAAUUUUCAUCUCACCUCAAUUUACAAUCACUCGAUAUUUGAGGCUUUCAGCAAGGUCAUACAGAAGUUGAUCCCUCAUUUAUCUACACUUGAGAAUUUACUCAACGAUUUGUGUCGCGCUUGCCGGUUUGAAAAAGCCUACCUUUUCGAUGUACUCUCCAAAAUAUACAUCGCCACCGACGCUUCACCGGUUGACAUGCCAUCAUACGAAAUAUGCAGCGAUUACAUUGAUGUCAUUGUGGACGUAUCCGAAAUCUACGGCUGGGACCGACCAAAAGAGUACAUUAAGUCUCUGGAAGGGCCACCAUGGAAUAAGAAGCUAGAGGACCAGACGGCUUGCAAGGACGCGGAGAGUGCAAUUGUACUGACAGACGGAAAGCGACCAAUCAUGCUGAGGGAGGUUAACAAGUACUUGGCGUUGGUGGCUAUCAUGUGCGAGGGAAGUUACGAGAAGAUGCCAACUGUUAUUAUGAAUGUCGAGGGAACGGUUAAGGGAUUGAUCGAGGUAUUUGAGAUUACAAAAGAGCGGAGGUGAUAAUUGGGAUAGAUAAGUGAAUUGAUUCGUCGCUCCGGUAUCGGUGCCUGGGAGUGACAUAGCUGUCGAAUCACAAUACUUGGAGGUUUUUGAGACAAGAGAGUUGAGAGUUGUGAGUUGUCGAUACUUUCUGUACUACUAUUUCAAUCUAAAUAC